AAUCCCCCACUUUACCAUGCAAGAAAGCUUCGUUUCACCUACCUCUCGGUGCACAUCGUUGUGCGUAGUCGCGUAGAUACAGUGCUGUCGGCCACACUUUCACCGGAGCCGCGGCCAUGUCGCUGCCACUCUCUGGCCUGCCUCUGGGAGCGCGAUCCGUUAAUUGAUACUCCAUCAGAUGCUCGCCAUCGAGUUGCUUAACAGUUAGCCACCCAAAAUUCCGCCCUUUCCCCACGGUGGUAAAUCGUUGCAAGAACCACGUCCCGAUGGAGCCUUUGCCCAGCGCGGGCUCCGCGGCGGCAGCACCACCUACCGAGCAGCUGGCCCCAACAAGGACGCGGCCGCACGUCGUUCUACUGGCAAGCCCCGGCGCCGGCCACCUCCUCCCGCUAGCGGAGCUGGCGCAGCGUCUCGUCGAGCACCAUGGUUUCGCGGCCACGUUCGUCACGUUCACCAACCGCGCCGACCCAAAACUCCUCUCCCACGUACCGGCGUCCGUCGCCACCGCCGCGCUCCCGGCCGUCCAGAUCGACGAUCUCCCCGCCGACGCCCACUUCGGCCUCGUGGUUCUCGAACUCACCCGCCGCUCCCUCCCGAGCCUCCGCGCCCUGCUCCGCUCCGUCGCGCCGCCGCUCGCCGCGCUGGUGCCGGACUUCUUCUGCUCCGCGGCGCUGCCCGUGGCCGCCGAGCUCGGCGUCCCGGGCUACGUCUUCGUCCCCUGCAACCUGACCUGGGUCGCCCUCAUGCGCCACGUCCUGGAGCUCCACGACGGCGCCGGCCCCGGCGAAUACCGCGACCUCCCGGAGCCUCUGGAGCUUCCCGGGGGAAUGUCGCUGCAGCGGGCGGACCUCCCGGAGCCGUACCGCGAUUGCAACGGGCCGGCAUACCCUCUGCUCGUCGAUUGGGGCCGGCGGAACCGCGGUACCGACGGCUUUUUAGUGAACACCUUCCGCGCGAUGGAACCCGCCGCGGCGGAAGCGUUCGAGGUGGCUGCGGAGCAAGGCUCGUUCCCGCCGGUGUUCCUCGUGGGGCCGUUCGUCCGGUCGCCAGAUUCCGACGAAUUUCCCGACGCAUCAUCAUCGCCCUGCUUGGAGUGGCUGGAUCGGCAGCCGGCGGGCUCGGUGGUGUACGUCUCCUUUGGCAGCAGCGGAGCUCUGUCCGUGGAGCAGACGGCGGAGGUCGCCGCCGGGCUGGAGGCGAGCGGGCACAGGUUCCUCUGGGUCGUGCGGAUGCCAAGCCUCGACGGACGCCAUUUCGCCAUGGGCACCCGCUACGGCAACGACGACGAGGACCCAUUAUUGGCGGCGUGGCUCCCGGAGGGUUUCGCGGAGAGAACGAGGGACAGGGGCCUGGCCGUGGCGGCAUGGGCGCCUCAGGUGCGCGUGCUCUCCCACCCGGCCACGGCGGCAUUCGUGACGCACUGCGGGUGGAACUCGGCGCUGGAGAGCGUGAAGCACGGCGUCCCGAUGGUCUCGUGGCCGAUGUUCGCGGAGCAGAGGAUGAAUGCCCUUCUGUUGGAAGGGAACCUCGGGGUGGCGCUGCGAGCGCGAGCACAGGAGGGCGGCGGCGUGGUGACAGGUGAGGAGCUUGCGGCCGCCGUGAAGGAGCUCAUGGAGGGGGAGAAGGGGCGCGCCGUUCGGGCCCGUGCUAGGGACCUGCAGCAAACGGUGGAACGUGCGUUGGGGGCCGCGGAGGGGUCCUCCCACCGAGCGCUUGAAGAAGUCGGCGCCAAGUGGAAGGCGGUGCUUGGCAGAGAGAGGUAACGAUGCAACGUGUUUUCCAUGUGCAAGAUGAACCGUACGAAGUAAAUCUUUCAUGAUAUAAAAAUCAUAGAUUUGUCUGUGGGGUGUGGUGACUAUGUGUGAAUGCCGGUCUUUGUCUAAAGAAGAUAUCGUUUGUGAAAGUGAGCUUGAAGCAAAUAUUAUGCGCUGGCUUUUGUUGAUAAAGGAAAGUUUUAUGAGAUA